CUACAUUCUCCGCCACCACCAGCAUAUCCAAGAACCACCACCACUAUCAAAUGAAUGUUAGACUCCUUAUUGAACCCAAAGUUUGAUCCCAAGCUGCAAGCCACCUUCUCUGUUUCUCUUCAAAGAUUUCAAACAACUUAGAAAAUGAAAUUGGGUACAACGUUACUGCAGCUUCAUAAAUCAGCAACCUUCAGUAAUAAUUGUUCAUUUCUGCAUCAUCGUAUCAUUCUGAGAAGUUAUUAUGGUUCAAUAGGAGGUCAUUGUAGAGAAAUAACACAACUUGAGGGUUUUGUAAGGGAUGAAUGUAAGUCUGGAAGGAUUAAAAAGCUUGAUGAUGGAUUGAAAUACUUUGAUCAAUUGAUUCUGGAAAGGCCAUUACCAUCUAGUGGUACAUUUAAUCAUGUGUUGGGAUCAUUAACGAAGAUUGGAUGUUAUUCAGGUGUGAUUCUAUUGCGUAAGAAGAUGAAUUUGCUUGGAGUAAACCCCAGUAUAUAUACAUUCAACAUCUUGAUUAAUUGUUACUGUCAAUUAGGCCAACUGAAUCAUGGGUUUUGUUUGCUUGGAGAGAUUAUAAAGAGAGGUUAUCCUCCUAAUGUUGUCACUUUCACUACACUGAUUAAAGGCUUGUGUAUCAAAGGUGAGAUUAAAUCAGCCUUUCAACUGUUUGCUAAAAUGAUUCACACAGGUAUUCAUCCUACUGCCUUUACGUGUGAUACUCUUAUACAUGGGCUUUGUAGAAUUGGUAAAGUUGGUCGUGCUCUUCAGCUUAAAAACAACAUGGUCAAAUGGAAGUGCAUCCCAACUGUUGUUUCAUAUUGUGCCAUUAUAGAUACUCUUUGUAAAGGAGGUCUAGUUGAUGAAGCUUUGGUUCUCUUCUCCGAAAUGCUUAGAGAUUCAAAUGUUGUACCCACCGUAACUGUUUACACUUCUUUGAUCAAUGGACUUUGCAAUUCAGGACGAUUGAAUGAGGCAAAGAGAUUCCUUGGUGAGAUGGUUACUGGAGGCAUUUCUGCGGAUGUAACAACUUAUAGUACUCUGAUUCAUGGGCAUUGCCUACAUGGUCAAUGGGAAGAAGCAAGAAGAUAUUUUGAAGAUAUGAUGGAUCGAAGGAUUUCACCCGAUGCAACAACCUUUAGUAUAUUAAUAGAUUCACGUUGUAAAGAUGGGAUGACAGAAGAUGCUUGGGGGUUAUUUAAAUUGAUGGACAAGGUAAACAUAAAACCUAAUGAGAUUACUUAUAACUCAAUGAUCGAUGGUCUGUGUUUGGCUGGUCGGUUGAAAGAUGCGGUAAAUCUGUUUGACUCGAUGGUGGAUAAGGGCCUUCAACCGAAUGUUGUCAGUUGCAGUAUAUUAAUGGGUGGCUACUGCAAGGAUCGUAAGUUGGAUGAAGCUAUCCACCUAUUCAAGAAAAUGAAACGAAAUGGAUUGAAACCCACAACAGUUACUUACAAUAUUCUACUAAGGGGACUAUACAGAGAUGGAAGAAUGAAGACUGCAUGGAGGUUUCUUAAUGAGAUGCAGUCUUUUGGUUUAUCUCCAAAUGAAGUGACAUACACUACCAUGUUGGAUGGUCUCUGCAAGAAUGGAAAAAUGAAGGAGGCAACAGAAUUGUUUGAAUCCAUGGAAGGUGCAGGAAUCUCAGCUAAUAAUUACAGGUAUAGCAUUCUUAUUCAUGGUUUGUGUCAAACUUCCCAGUUGGAAAAUGCGAGAAAGUUGUUUAAUGAGAUUCAAAACAAAGGAUUUGUUCCUGACGUAGCAACAUAUAGCUCAAUGAUGAACGGCCUCUGUCGCCACAAGAUGGUAUUGGAGGCUGAAAAACUAAUCAUCCAAAUGGAAGAGAAGGGUUGUUCACCAGAUGCUCUAACAUAUGAUACUAUCAUUCAGGCUUUACUUGUAGCAAAGGAGACUUACAAGGCAUUGCAUUUUCUUCGCGAGAUGCGUGAAAAUGAAUUUGUACCCAAUGAUUCUGGUAUGUCCUUUUUAAUGAGAAUUUCAAUGCAUAAAGCUUUGUCCUUGGUAUCUUCUGGUUGGAUUGUUCUUAUAUUUAUAUUCUCGUCAAAGUAUACUGGAUUAACACUUGUUGCAGAGUACAUUCUUCCAAAGAGGUUGAUGAUUAUUUAUCCUGAACUUUGA